UAAGAAGAGCAAAGAUGGGAGAGUCACAAGCGAAAUGGAUACCAAAGUAUGGAUAGAUUAUACAAUAGCAAAUAAAAUCUUCUGCUUAUAGGUUCCUCUUCCUACCAAGAAAACCACACAAUCCUCUCCCACUUGUAGCCAAAACCACCAAAAAAUUCCAAGAGAAUUUAGUGACCAAAGCUGCAGGGAAGAUGGUUCCAUCAUCUCCAUAAAGCCAGAGAUGAAAGAAAAGGAAGAAGAGAUUAGUCUCCGCCGAGCAUCAGAGCUCAUUGAUUCUUCGAUCUCCUCCUCCUACUCCAUCCAAUUAUUCCCUAUCAAAUGGCAGAUGAUCCGCAACAAGCUCGAGCGGCUGCGCUCUGGCCUGACCACCAUGGGUGGCGGCAAUGAUUUCAACGCCAAUUCAGAGCUCAACAAACUGUUAAGAGCUACAGCAUCGACCGCAGUCGAGGCCCAAGUGCUUGCCCACCGAUGCAGUGAGGAGUCCUAUAAUGGCGGGAAGCUCCUCCAAAGGAGCGACCUUGAUGUCAUCGCUGCCAAGGUCGAGCUCCACAUCAAGCAGCUAACUGAAAUAUAUGCUUCUGGGAUUUUGAGGCACCCUCGGGCCAUCGUCGUGUCGAGGCCAGGCGCUGGCUCGAGCCAUGAGGACAUGAGGUUCUACGUGAAGGAUCUGUUCUCAAGACUGAAGAUUGGGGACUUGGAGAUGAGAAGUCGAGCCUUAGCUGCUCUUAAUGAGAUCCUUCAAGAGGACGAGAGCUAUGCAAGAAUUGCAGUGGCUGAAAUGGCCGAUGGUGUUGGUCUCCUGGCGAGCCUUCUGGAAGUCGGCGAUGAAGGCAUCAAAGAGGAGGCCUUGCAGGCUGUUUCAGUGAUCGCGGGGUUCGACUGCUACCGCGGAGCUCUUGUCAUUGCCGGAGUUAUCGCGCCGCUGAUUCAGAUUUUGGAGUCCGGAAGCGAAUUGGCGAAGGAGGGAGCGGCCCGAGCUCUGAAGAAACUGACGCAGAAUUCUGAUAAUGCAUGGUCCGUUACAGCUCAAGGAGGUGUUACCCCACUGCUCAAGAUCUGCGGCGACGACAUGAGCAGCGGAGGAUUGAUCUGCUCGGCUUGCGGCAUACUGAAGAGCCUCAGCAGCGUGGAUGAGAUCAGGAGGUUCAUGGUGGAAGAAGGGGCAGUCUCUGUCUUCGUAAAGCUUUCGAGAUCGAAGGAGGAGGUGUUUCAAAUCCAAGCAAUAGAAUUCCUGACCACCAUUGCUUGUGAGGAUGGUGCUAUCAAGGAGAAGGUGGUAAGAGAAGGGGUGGUCGAGUCACUUGUUCAAGUCCUGGAUCCAAAUUCUCAUUAUUCUUCAAAGGCAAGAGAGGUUGCUCUCGGGGCUAUCGACGCAUUCUGUUUCUCACCUCCAAGUUCCAUGAAUUCGUUGACGGCCUCCGGGUUUAUCGACCGAAUUCUCUUCUUUCUCAGAAAUGGCGAGAUCUCCAUCCAGGAAUCAGCACUUAAGGUUGCAUCUCGUCUCUGUGGGUUAUCUGAAGAGUCUAAGAAGGCAAUGGGCGACGCCGGUCUUAUGCCAGAGCUUGUCAAGCUACUUGAUGCUGGAUCUUUCGAGGUCCGGGAGUUGGCGGCGGAGGCAAUCUGCAGCAUGGUCUCGGUUCAGAGAAACCGAAGAAGAUUCAUACGGCAAGAUCGAAACGUGAAUCGAAUUCUCCAAUUGCUCAAUCCCGAAGAGAAGUCGGUGACAAGGAAGUUCUUGCUCGCUGCUCUCAUGUCCUUAACUGAGAGCAGCAGCGGGCGGAAAAAGAUCAUGGCCUCUGAGUAUGUGAAGCAUCUAGAGAAGCUUGCAGAGGCCGAUGUAGCAGAUGCAAAGAAGGUCGUCAAGAAGCUCCACAGUAACAGAUUCCGGAGUUUACUGACCGGAAUUUGGAGCUUGUGAGCAACAUCAUUAGUAUUUCCUAACGAAUAUCUUUACUUGACCUUAUAGGCUUUUACUUUUAAUUCCAUCAUUGCUUUCUCUCUGUUCCAUGAUGAUUUAGAGCAGCUUUUCAUGUGAUUCUCUGCUUCAGAGUAUCUUCUUAGUCUCAAAAGUGUAAGGAAAUCUUCCAACAUGCGCAUGUAAAUUGUUCAUAACGUAGUAGAAAAUUAGUGAAGAAUGUAAAAGAGAAA